CCCGCGCCCCGCCAUGGCGGAGCCUCCGCCAGCCCGACGUCCUGUGCCUCUCAUCGAGUCGGAGCUGUACUUCCUCAUCGCCCGCUACCUCUCGGCUGGCCGGUGUCGCCGAGCAGCGCAGGUGCUGGUGCAGGAGCUGGAGCAGUACCAGCUGUUGCCAAAGAGGCUGGAUUGGGAGGGCAACGAGCACAACAGGAGUUACGAGGAAUUGGUCUUGUCCAAUCAGCAUGUGACUCCUGACCACCUGUUACAAAUCUGCCAAAUCCCACCCAGUAUUUCAAGAGUCACUUCUUUGCUUGGUGCAGGAAGGCAGUCUUUGCUACGUACAGCAAAAGGUACCUUAAUUUGAAGAAGUGUUCUGCUUUGUAUUAAUAGCU